UACCAUGAAAGAGACUUGGAGGAAGUGGAUUUCCUUUUGGAUUUUUCUCUGUUGGCACCAACUGAGAAGAACAUGAUCAGGGGAAACUUUUCCAAUCGAAGUGACAAUAAUUUGUUGUUUUUCAAGAAGAAACUGAAGGAUUUGAAGUCAAAGCAAAAGAGUAACAGUUGUACAAUUUCACUUCGUCAUGGGAGUCAAAAUUCAGUUUGCUUCUCAUGAAUAAUUAAUUCCUCAUUUCAUCUUCCAAAAUUUCUUGUUUCCGUUCUUUGGUGCUUAGAUUUCGCUUUUGUCCAUUUGGAUCUCUUUCUGUUUGUUUGAUUUUCAAUUUUCUUGCCGGAUUUUGAUGGAGCCGCCACCGGUUAUCGACCUUGGCGACGGCGAUGGCGACGGAAGCGGCAACAGUGAUGCUUCUUCAUCUCAUUUUACUAAUUUGUAUACUCAAAACCUUAAUCAUCUAAAUCAUGAGUUUAAUCACUCGACUCGUGAGGAUACGACGUAUACUCACUCCCCCAGAUUGUUAGACUCCAGUUUAUCUUCCUUUGAUAAUGAAAAUGGCGGUGUCUCCUCUAAUUCCGUUGAGUCCACCGCCAAACGAGUUGACUCUAUGCCGCAAUUUCCGGACCGUAAGCUUUCAUCUAAAUCUGGUUCGUUUAGUAGUCACGACGGUGAUGCUGCUCAAUGUGACGCGAAUCGUUCUUCUCUUCCUGAAUUCAUUGGGCGGGGCGGAGAAACUGGGAUUUUCAAGCUGCCGGUGCGAGCUGCUGUUCACCCUGAUCGUCCGCCUAGUCUUGAAGUGAGGCCACAUCCUUUGAGAGAGACGCAGAUUGGGUGCUUUUUGAGGACUGUUGCUAGCAGCGAGUCCCAAUUGUGGGCUGGUAGUGAAUUUGGUGUCCGUUUUUGGAAUUUCAAGGAUUUGUAUGCGGCGGCAGAAGGCACAUCUCCGAGGAGUGGUGAUGAAGAGACAACACCAUUUCGUGAGUCAGUUUGGACGUCGCCUACGCUUUGUUUGGUUGCUGAUGAGGGAAAUCGUUCAGUUUGGAGUGGCCACAAGGAUGGUCGCAUUAGAAGCUGGAGGAUGGAUGUUCAUAAUUUGAGCUCAAAUGAUCGUUUUACAGAAGCUAUGUCAUGGCAGGCUCAUCGUGGCCCUGUUUCUUCGCUUAUAAUGACAUCUUAUGGAGAUCUUUGGUCAGGUUCGGAUGGUGGGGCUUUGAAGGUGUGGCCAUGGGAAGCUAUUGAGAAGGCUCUCUCCAUGACACUGGGAGAAAGCCAGAUGGCUACUUUGUUGGUGGAAAGAUCUUAUAUUGAUCUUAGGACUCAAGUCAGUGUAGGCUUCAGCAACACAUUUACUUGGGAUGUUAAGUUCUUAUUAUCUGAUGAAUCUACUGCCAAAGUUUGGAGUGGCAGUGAUCUCUCUUUUGCAAUCUGGGAUGCUCGCACAAGGGAGCUAUUGAAAGUGUUCAAUACUGAUGGUCAGAUGGAGAACCGAGUUGAUGUGAUAUCUGUUCAAGAUUUUACAUUGGAAUCUGUUUCUUUUUCGAAGAAAGAGAAGACACAAAGUGCCUUUGGUUUCUUUCAGCGGUCACGUAGUGUUAUAAUGGGAGCAGCUGAUGCUGUUCGUCGAGCUGCUGUGAAGGGGGCCUUUGGAGAUGAUAAUCGGAGAACCGAAGCAUUAGUGAUGACAGUAGACGGUAUGAUCUGGUCUGGAUGUACAAGUGGAUUACUUGUGCAGUGGGAUAAAUAUGGAAAUCGUUUGCAAGAUUUCCAUCGUCAUUCUCACGCUGUCCAAUGCUUGUGUACGUUUGGAUCACGAAUAUGGGUGGGUUAUGCCAGUGGUACUGUACAGGUAUUGGACCUCAAAGGUAGACUUCUUGGAGGAUGGGUGGCUCAUAGCUGCCCUGUGAUUGAAAUGUGUGUUGGAUCUGGUUACAUAUUCACCCUGGCAAAUCACGGUGGUAUCCGUGGAUGGAAUGUUACUUCUCCAGGACCUCUCGACGGCAUACUACGCUCGGAGUUGGCUUCGAAGGAAUUCAUGUAUACGAGAAUGGAAAAUUUAAAAAUAUUCACUGGUACAUGGAAUGUUGGACAGGAAAAAGCAUCUCGUGAAUCUCUAAUCUCCUGGUUGGGUUCUGUUGUCUCAGAUGUUGGCAUUGUCAUUGUUGGGCUGCAGGAAGUUGAAAUGGGAGCUGGUUUUCUAGCCAUGUCAGCAGCUAAAGAAACUGUCGGACUCGAGGGUAGUUCACUUGGCCAAUGGUGGCUGGAUGUGAUAGGAAGAACACUGGGUGAAGGAUUAACUUUUCAACGUGUUGGUUCUAGGCAAUUGGCAGGCUUGCUAAUAGGAACAUGGGUUAGAAGUAACAUCAGAGCUCAUGUGGGGGAUGUUGAUGCUGCAGCAGUUCCGUGUGGCUUUGGGCGUGCAAUUGGUAAUAAGGGGGCAGUUGGUUUAAGGAUAAGAGUGUUUGACCGGGUGUUAUGCUUUGUUAACUGUCAUUUUGCUGCACAUUUAGAAGCAGUCAACCGUCGCAAUGCAGAUUUUGAUCGUGUAUAUCGGACUAUGUGCUUCCAACGGCCAUCCAAUCCUUUUGGUACCGCAGCUGCUUGUUCUUCACCCACUGUUCAGACCAUUCGCAGUCCAAAUGCUUUUGUUGGGUCCUCUGAAGAAAUGACACCCGAAUUAUCCGAGGCAGAUCUGAUCAUUUUUCUUGGUGAUUUCAAUUAUCGGCUCAACGGGGUAUCAUACGAUGAAGCUAGGGAUUUUAUUUCCCAAAGAUGCUUCGAUUGGCUCAAAGAAAGGGAUCAACUCCGUUCAGAGAUGGAAUCGGGAAACGUCUUCCAAGGGAUGCGGGAAGCAGUGAUUACAUUUCCUCCCACAUAUAAAUUUGAGAGGCAACUACAAGGAUUAUCAGGGUAUGAUUCUGGGGAAAAGAAGCGUGUUCCGGCUUGGUGUGACAGGAUACUAUAUCGUGAUAGCCGAUCAUCUUUGGCGUCCAAUUGCAGCCUAGACUGUCCUGUAGUCACUUCUAUAUCAAUGUAUGAGGCUUGCAUGGAUGUGGUCGAUAGCGAUCAUAAGCCCGUUCGUUGCAUAUUUGACGUCAACAUUGCUCGAGUCGACGAGGCUAUAAGAAGACAAGAGCUUGGAGAAAUUCUUCAUUCAAACGAGAAGAUUAAGCAUAUGCUCGAGGCACUGUGCAAGGUUCCUGAAGUUAUUGUCAGUACAAGCAACAUACUUCUUCAACAUGAGGAUAUAUCUCUUCUACGCAUCACAAAUAAAUGUGAGAAAAGCGACGCCAUAUUUAAAAUAAUUUGUGAAGGUCAAUCUACAGUCCGAGUGAACGGGAAAGCCUCGGAUCGUUAUAGUCUAAGAGGUUCUUUUGGCUUUCCACGCUGGCUUGAGGUCUCUCCUGCAACUGGAAUUAUCAAACCGAAUCAAAUUGUCGAGGUCUCAAUUCGUCUCGAGGAAUCCCACAUGUUAGAAGUUGAUGGUCGCCCACAAAAUGCAUGGUGUGAAGUCGCCAAAGAUAAAGAGGUUAUUUUGCUUGUUAAGGUGUAUGGAACCUUUUCUAGCAAGUCGAAGAAUCAUCGUAUCCGAGUACGCCAUCGUGUUCCUCUCAAGAGCAAAGGAACCAUUACCAAAACAAAGAGCUCUUCCAAACUUCAUGGAAGCGUUCUUCAUCGAUCUGAUAUUCAUCGUCUCGGCAUGCCAAGCGAUGUCUAAUAUGCAUACCCCUUAUCAACAGCCAAGAUGGUAUGUAAAAGCAUGCUUUUGGUCUUUUUGAGAGAGUUCAAUUCUACCAAAAUCUUGAUGUACAUACCUGAGGAGGGGUCUCUUACCAUUUUGUAUCAGAACUCUUGCUGCUUUGAUUUGUGUCAAUAAUGUUCAUUCAACAACGAUGUCCAUUUCUGUAUCUCUGUCUGUGUUGGGAAUAAAAGGGUUUUGUUCAGAUAGUGA